AUGGCUUCAACCCUCCAAAAACUACUGUCAACCCUACUUUUCCUCUCAACAGUUCUUCUUUUUUCGGCAAGGUCAUUGGCCCAAGAGUGCCCAUAUCCGUGUUAUCCACCGCCAACGGGUGCCGGAAACAAUCCACCAGCGACUCCAACACCACCAUCACCACCAGCAGGAGGAUCUUUUUCUCCUCCAGGAUCUUUCUCACCACCGACAGGAGUUAUUCCGUAUUUUCCUCCACCUGGCUAUGUUACAGGGCAAGCACCGCCUCCUCCCGAUCCUAUCGUGCCAUGGUUUCCUUACUACUAUAGAAAACCACCUCAUGGUGAUCAGUCUUCAUCAACAACCUUGCAAGGAUCAUCAAGAACCAUGAUCAUCACCAUCCCUUUUCUUGUUUUGACUUUAUUUCCUGCUUUUCACUAA